CAGAGAAGGAAAGCGAAAGCAGCGAGACAGACUUUGCGAGUGGUAUGGAGAACGAAGAGAGAGGCACCGGAGGAAAGUUUCGCAAGACUCCUGCACGUAAACCGUCGCCCUCUCCUUAUGCCCGUCCGGCAAAUCAGACCACUCUCCAUGCCCAAAGGAUAGAAAGGGGAUGGCUUUCGAAGUUUGUCGACCCUGCUUCUCGCCUCCUCUCUGGUGGCGCCACUAGACUGUUUCCUUCUUUCUUCUCCAAAACCCCUGCUGUCGUGAUUGCGUCACCCACGCACUCUGACGCGGAAGAUUCAGGGGUGAAGCAAGAUGCUAGGCUGGUUAAUCCAAAGCCCACUUCCGAAGUAAGGCCUAAACCUACUUCAGAAAUCCCGGAAACUGUAAUGGAAGGAGGAGGUCAGAUGGACGAAGUACAUGGAAUAAAAUGUAUCUCUCAAAUUGAUGAACAUGCCAGAGAGAAGUUGGGCAACUCAUCUGAUGGUAGUGGACUUUCUGAAAUCGAGCAGCUAAUGAAAGGAAAAACAAUUUCUAGAGAUGAACUUAACCGCUUGAUGGAGAUAUUGCAUUCAAGGGUUGUUGAUCAUUCUGAUGUUGAUGGGCGGGAAAAGAAAAGCACAAGGGUGACUGUAGUACCAGAAGCUACAGGUGAUGUAUUGGGAGAAGAGAAAGUAAGAACACCAGUCCAAGAAAAGCUGGCGGAUAUUUUGAGUGGAGUCUCAAACCCUAUUCUUCAACCUACCAUACGAGAUGAGGUUGGUUCUUCACCAGUAGAGAUUGCAAAAGCUUACAUGGGAGCCCGAGCUUCAGAAUUAAGCCUCAGUUCUCAGAGUAGAAUAUGGAAGGAUGAAAGAACUGCAGUACAAAACAAUGAUUUUGCAUCAAAAAGGAUGUCUAUUCUUCCGUCUUCUCCCAAGUCAUCCAUUUACCAUCCGGAUGCUGUGGUACAGAACCAGUCUAGUUAUUUGACUCCACAAACUCAACGAGGCAGGAUUGGGCUUCAUAAUCUUCCAAGAACACCCUAUUCUAGAACUGUUUUCCCGAGGUCAACUUCCAAGGUGACUCCAUUCCAUGGUGUUUUUGAUAACUCUCGCAAUAUUUUAUCAACUCACAGCAAGCAAUUCCAAAGUCCAGUUUACGGUAGUAGGCAGACAAAGGCAGAGAUAUUGGAUGAUGGCGUAGGAUCAGUGGGACCGAUCCGUAGAAUACGCCAGAAGGUUGUUUCAACAACUCCUACCAGAGUUGCUGGUUCACGUCAUCCUUCUAACUCUAGCUCUUUGUGGACUGAAGAUUCUGAUGCUUCUAAAACCUUCUUGCCCACUUUCAAGAGAAAUUUGGAUCCUGGAGCAUCAUCAAGUGGCAAUUCAGCUUUCCAACCUGGUGAUAGCAAGGCUUCCAACUUUAAUGUUGGUGUCACAACUGUCCACCCACAGUCUAGUGAGUUAGCCAGGAAAAUAUUGGAGCACCUUGAUCGGACUGUUCCAACCCCCAAAGAAAAAUCUGCUGAGUUGAAGUUGGCAAUGGUGCGGAAAAAGCCCUCUUCUUGUGAGUUCACUACUAGCAGGCCAAAUGAGCAGUUUGGUAGCCUUCAUGUUGAAGAUUCUGAUUCUCUGAAGAGCAGAAAUUUACUUGGUGAGAAUUUCUCUGAUCAAGAGAAUGAAGACAGAGGGAUAUCUUUCCUUGCGGAUUCUAAUACAAAUCAUUCCUCGCAAAUUAAAACGAAUGAGGUUUCAAUGGGAGUGGGUGCCAGUGGGCGGAGUCUGAAGAAUCAACCAUAUCCUCUCCGCAAUCAAAUGGAUGUGGUGAGUGUUCAAAAGUCAGUUCGUGGUGCAGCUGUCUCUGAGGGAUUCACUUCACAGAUGAAGCCUCCAAGUCAAUCUUCUGGGGCUAAACUGGGUUUGACCUCUAUCUCUAUCAACAAACCUGACUCUAAAAGGGCAGUUUUUCUUGAUAAUGGUGUUGGAUUUACUUUCCCUGUAUCUGCAUCUUUUGGUGCAUUAUCUGAGCCACCAACCCCUUCCAUUAUGCCAUCCUCGUCAGCUAGAAGUCUGCCGCAGCAGGAAGAAGGAAAUACAGCCCCUGUGUACAGUUUUGGUUCCAAGAGUUCUAGUGGCCAGAAUCUUGUUUUCUCAUUUCCUUCCACAAGUACUAGCAUCUCCACUCAUGAUGAUUCUUCAACUCCAAAGUUUACCUUUGGUUCAGACAGGAAGAAAUCCGAAGUGUCUUUCAGUUCCCUGGGCAAAGAUGCCUUGUGUUGUUAGGAGUAUUUGGGUUGAUUUGUCAUUUUCUGUUAUUUGAUGAAAAUUUUCAAAUGUAAGCAAGCACAAUUGGGAGUGCAAGAUGAUAAGUUCUUUCCUUAAAAUUUUCCCAAGGUUUAUGUGAUUAUUUCUCACAAGCUGCGAAGCUGGUCGUUUGGUUGGAUGAGGAAUAUGCUAGUGCCUUGGGUUUAAAUGUAUAUUCUUGAAUUUUCUUUUCUUAGUUUUGUGUAAGUAGGUAAAUAUUUGAUGUUAAUUCCACA